CUCAAUUCACUGUUGCACGGAUAGCUGGGAAGAUCACAUACGUGUACUGAGGAUAAUCAUGGACUUGUUCCUUCCACAUUUAUGUCUGUCUGAACUGGAGGAGGAGUGCUUCUCCAAAGUUCUACCAAAGGUGGAGAGAGUAUUUGGGUAAUAUGAUGGAGGAAAUCUCCGGUCAAGUUAGCGGGUUGUCCAGUCAGAACACAGAGCUGACUGCCUCCCUGAGGAACAUUCUUCAGGUGAUGGUACAGACACUUGAGACUGUUGCUGUGUGUGUGAGGCACGUGUGUGCCCUGGAAGGUGUGUCCCGUCUGUCCGAAGUGCGCUCUGUCCCUUCCUGUGUCCUCUACCUCCUCAGAAACACUUUCCAGCACUGCAAGGAGAGUGAGGUGGUUUACAGUGGACGCUUGUCUUUGGUAGGGGAUCUGCUGCAGGCACUCUUCAAAGAGGCCUACUCUCUGCAGAAAGGCCUAAUAGAGUUACUGGACCACAUCAACCUGCAAGAUGCAGCCUCCAAGGAAGAGGUCUCUGACAUUGUUACAGUGAUUCACAGUCUUCUAGACAUUUGCUCCAUCAUUUCUAGCCUGGACAUGGCCCUGCAUGCCAACACCUGGAAAUUCAUCAUCAAACAAAGUGUGAGAUACCAGUCUCUGGUAGAAGAGCACUUGCGCCAUGCUGACAUCACAUCCUGUUUGUGUACGGACCUCCUGGGCUCUCUGAACAGCUGUUUGGAACUAGCAGAACAAAUCAAACAGGAAGGAUUACAGGCACACAGCCCAGAAUGCAAGCUGUUUCAGAAAAGCACCAAGAUGUGCAGGUUCUUUGCCAACACACUUGUCCACUAUGUGAAGGAAUUCAAAGACUUUCUGGCCACCUCCUGCCCACGGCUUCACCUGCUCUUCCUCCAGAUCCACAGUAAAUUCCCACCCUGUCUUCACGCUCCCUCACUCCCUCCCGCACUAUGUGAGGAGUUGAGAGGGGCAGUGCUCGUUGCUAUGGAUGCGCUCCUGACCCAGCUCCUAGCCUUCCGACCGUUUGCUGAGAGUGUGUUGGCCGAGAACCAGUCUUGCAGUGGGGACACUGCUCUGGCCCACUGCCUGCUGCUGGUCAGUGUGGUGGCGCAGCUCUCCUCUCACUCAGAGGGGGCGCUGCAGCUGUGGUGCGACGGCAGCUGCUUCCCGGAGGACACACCCAGGCUGAGUGUGUUUGAGGCGCUGUUCCGGAGUUUCAGCUGGUGUGUGCUGGAGCGGGUAUGGCCGGUGCGGUUGCCUGGGGUGAUGCUGCACGGCCAGGCCCAGGGUAGCGUGAGUCUGCAUCAGCAUGUGUGCGUGCAGGUCUGCGCCUGUGUGGCUGCACUGCCAGCCCCACAGCUCCCCCCACUGGAGCGCUCCCUAUUGUGGGCACUGUUUCAACCUGACGUGCAGACGGCCCUGCUGGCCACGGAUGUCUGGUGUUUCUUGGCGCGGUAUGGUACGGCAGACUUGUGUCUGCAUCACGUUCUCCUUGUGGCCGACAUGAUAAAGUCAUGUCCAGGUGAGACGUCCCAGUGGAACCAUCUGUCCCUACUGCUGAGACGCAUGCUGUUCCUUAUGACCCCUGUACAUCAGAUGGAGCUGUUGGAGCGGUUCCCUGCAUCCCAGGAGGAGAACGUGUGUGUGUGGGGUCACCUGCUCCUGCGUUCGCUGGCCCCAGAUGUUCGCGCAUGCCUGGAGCAGGAGCUCGCCGCCACGGCAGCGUCUGUGGCCACGGACUGGCACAAGAGCGGCUGCAGACUGGGCGGAGUGGACAGAGUGAAUAGGGUGCUGUGGGCUCUGAAGGUGGUGGUGCGGGUGGAGGUCCCCGAGGCGGGGUGUGUGUCGUCGGUUCUCACCAUCCUCACACAGCUGUGGCCCCGUAUGUGUGCCAGCCAGGUUCAGAAGCAUGGCCCUCUCCAGCAGACUCUGUGUCUGCUCCUCUCCCUCUCGGCCUGCCUCGUCAAGAGUCUGGAGCCUCAGACCAUCUCUCAGGCUGUUUCCUGUUUGAGCGUGCUACUUCCCCUGAAGGCUCUCGAUGAUGUCACACUGGCUGCUCUGGAGUUUCUGGCCGCCCUAGGGAGUGUUUUCAUCCCCUCCAGCGUACAGACUGUGGUGUUACCUCGGCUCAGCGCAGCGUUCGGCGCCCUGUUGGCUUCUGAUUCCUGGCUCCUCCAGCAGCACGCCCUUGAGGCCUUCGGCGUCUUUGCAGAGGUGACCAAUCACGAGGAAGUAAUCUCCCAAGGUCUGACGUCCGAGGAAACCAAAACACGAGUGGUCAACUUCCUUAGCAAGACGGUGGUGGGGGAGGAACAGACGGAUGCUCGUCUGGAGCGUCUGAAGGUGGAGAGCGCGGUGUUGGAAACACACACCCGGGCUCUGGAGAGCGGACAGCAGCCCCACGCGCGCACACACACACAGGGAAGACAAGAGGAGCAGCAGGACCCCACACCCACUGCAGAGAGGAGAGAGGAGUCGCCAGAAGAAUCUAAAGUUGAGCCAUGUGCAAAGCGGGCGCGUCAGGAGUGUGUGCGCUGGGAGGAGUGCGAGGUCCACCUGCAGAUGGCCGAGGGCGCACUGAGGGCCCUGCAGACACUAGGGGGCGCCACCGCUCCCCACUCACCCCCGCAGUGGGUCCUGACCCGCCUGCAGGGUCUCCAAACACUCAUCACACACAUCAGCAAGCAAGCAGAAGACGGCUCCUAACACUGAGCACACACCAGGCUCACAACUCGCACACACACACACACAGACAUCAAACAAAGCAUUCACUUAACACGGAUCACAAACACACACGGAUACUAUGUAUGAAAAAACAAAACAAGGCAGUCACCCAAUGCUGCUGACACACCAGACAUCAGCAAACAAGGAUCCAAGUUUGUCCUGUAUUUGUCUGUCACACACGCACCAAAGUGGAGGCCACAGUUACCUAC